CAUCAGAUUACCCCCGCCAUUGGAUGAUAGAGAGAGCGUGCCGGAGGAUUCCACAACUUAUACGAUGAUGCGUAGAGGUUAGGUGUUGUUUGAAAACUUGUGGAACCAAGUGUUGGGUAAUUGUAAUGUAACGGCAUCGCAAUGCAAACACAUGCAAAUGAACUAAUUUGAUUUGAAGAACCUAUUGUGCUGUGGUCACAUGCUUGAGUGCGUGUCCGAGGUUCGCACGCCACAACGCCGACACCUGACCGAUAGGCCUAUAGUAGAACACUUCGAAAACAGACAGCAUUGCCCCUUUAAUUUUAACAGAUACGAGGACAUGCGCAGUGUAUACUUGAGAGUAAGAAUAAGUUCCCACACUGUGUACGAUGGAGUAAAAAAUUUGUGAUCAUCGCGAAAGAUGCAAAAGGAUUUAAAUUAUUUGUACCGUGGAAAAUAGAAUUCCUCGAAGGAUGUUAAUGGAGCGAUUUUAUGAAAAAUAUAAGUUAACAGGAUUUGCCCAGUUUUGUUUUCGUAGGAAUGGUUUUUGGCGAUUCCUUGGAAUCUAUAUGUGUGAUUUUGCUUCGGAAUGCUUCUCCAAGACAGGUAUGUUUAAUGGUUAACAGGGAGAAAACCUUCCCACGAUCACGUUUUGGAAGGAAAAACUAUGAUCCUUUCCAGUUUAUUUGUUUUUCUGGCAAUCUUGGGAAUUUCAACAGGUUCUGGUUACUUUGAAAUUCAAAUUACAACUAUCCGGAACCCCCGAGGAGAGGUGUUAGAUGGGGAGUGUUGUGAUGGGGAUCGGGAUGCUGAAAAUAAGUGUGUAGAGGAGUGCGAUACAUUCUUCCGUGUUUGUCUCAAGGAAUAUCAAAGUAGGGUUACUAUCGAUGGCCACUGUACAUUUGGAAAUGUUACAAGCCAGGUUUUUGGAGGAAAUACCUUUACCUACCCAAUGGAUAGUAGCAGAACCCGACUAAAGCUACCCUUUGAGUUUUCCUGGACGAGAUCUUACACACUAAUCUUAGAAGCCUGGGACCAGGACACCAUGUCAUACGAUGGUCAGAUUAUCGAACGUGCAGCCCAUUCAGGCAUCAUACUCCCUGGACAGGACUGGCACACGAUCACACAUAACGGGCCAACAGCGGGCCUCAUCUACAGGAUACGCGUCGUCUGUGAUGAACAUUACUAUAACACAACAUGUACCAAGUUCUGUCGUCCACGCAACGACAAGAUCGGACAUUAUAACUGUGAUCAGAAUGGAGAUAAGGUGUGCAUUGAUGGCUGGAUAGGGCCUGAUUGUGAGGAAGCCAUAUGCCGAACAGGCUGCAGCCACGGAUCAUGCGACACCCCUGGGGAAUGCAGGUGUAUGUAUGGGUGGCAGGGCCCCCUAUGUGACCAGUGUAUCCCCUACCCUCGCUGUGAACACGGAUCAUGUAAUGGCUCACCUUGGCAGUGUUUCUGUCACGUUAACUGGGGAGGCAUUCUCUGUAACAAAGACCUGAACUACUGUGGCCGCCAUCAACCGUGUAAGAACGAUGGCAUCUGUAAGAACACUGCUCCUGACAAUUAUGACUGUACUUGUCCUAAUGGCUUCUCAGGGGUCAACUGUGAAAUAGCGGAGCAUGCCUGUACGUCAGACCCCUGUGCCCAUGGAGGGAGGUGUAUUGAUGUGACUGGUGGAUUUGUCUGUAACUGUCUGCCAGGAUGGACUGGUGUCUUGUGUGACUCCAAUAUCAAUGAGUGCGCCUCAGACCCAUGUCAGCAUGGCGGGACCUGCCUGGACAAGGUCAACAGAUACGAGUGUUUGUGUCCAUCAGGAUGGAAAGGGCCGCAGUGUCAGCUGGACGGGGACGAGUGUAGCGGAAGUCCCUGUGUCAACGCCUUCUCCUGUCAGGACCUAGUAGGGGACUACAUCUGUGACUGUCAGCCCGGCUGGACCGGCAAGAAUUGUGAGACAGAUAUAGUCGAUUGUCAUCAUCAGUGUCAGAAUGGAGCUCAUUGUGUGGACCUAGUAAACAGCUACCACUGUGCUUGUUUACCGGGAUACACUGGUCGCCACUGUGAGUGGGACAUCGACGAAUGUGAGAGUAGUCCCUGUCAGAACAAUGCCAUCUGUCAUGAUCAGGUCGCAGGCUACACCUGUGAAUGUGCACUCGGCUUCACUGGAUUUAACUGUCAGGUUGACAUUGACCCCUGCUACCCCAGUCCCUGUGAAAAUGGAGCCAGCUGCUUCAAUGUCCAGGGGGACUACUACUGCCACUGUCACGAUGGCUGGGAGGGCAAGAACUGUCACAAGGUCAAACCCACCUGUGAUUCAAGGUCAUGUCAAGUGAUUGACAGUUGUACCAUAGCCAUACCCUCCAACAGUAGCCGUGGGGGUGUACAGCUCAUCUCCUCCAACGUGUGUGGUAAACACGGCAUGUGUAUCAGCCAACCCAACGGAGAGUUUACAUGUGCCUGUGACCUUGGCUUCACUGGAACCUACUGUCAUGAAAACAUAAAUGACUGUUUGAGUAACCCCUGUCAAAAUGGUGGUACCUGUAUAGACAUGGUCAGUUCCUACCAGUGUAUAUGUAAGGAGGGAUGGGAGGGAGCCCUGUGUAACCUCAAUAAGGAUGAGUGCGACCCAAACCCAUGUAGGAACAAUGGUUUAUGUAUAGACGUGGUGGCCGACUUUGUGUGUCAGUGUGCCGAGGGCUGGAAAGGAAAAACAUGUACUCUUCAACACAGUCAGUGUGAGAUGACAACCUGUACCAAUGGAGGCACUUGUAUCGACCUUGGUGACACGUUCACUUGUAAAUGUAGCGUCGACUACAUCGGCCGUACCUGUCAGAGACUUGCUAAACGAGCAUGCGACUUAUCUCCAUGUGAUAAUGGAGGGACCUGUGUCAACAGUGGGGAUAGCUUCACAUGUAUUUGUAAGGAGGGCUUCGAAGGGCCGACCUGUCAGUACAACAUCAAUGAUUGUAACCCAUUCCCCUGUUACAAUGGAGGUCGGUGUCUGGAUGGGGUCAACUGGUACAGGUGUGUGUGUGCCCAGGGCUUUGCUGGACCUGACUGUCGUGUCAAUAUAAAUGAGUGUGCAUCCAGUCCCUGCACCUACGGCAGUACAUGUAUUGAUGGUAUUGGGGAAUAUCGAUGUAUUUGUCCCCCGGGGAGGACUGGGCCUAGAUGUGCUGAAGUGGAGGGCCAAAGUCCAUCCCCACAGUCUUGUAUCUUCAAUCGUGGCAUUUAUCCUGACAAGUCAUCCUGGGAACACGAGUGUAACAUGUGUAGCUGUGACAACGGUGCUGUCCACUGCAGCAAGAUCUGGUGUGGGCCCAAAAACUGCCUGUCACACCCCAAUCUCACUGAGAGUGUUGUGCACUGUGGGUCAACACAAACCUGUGUGGUGCAGACCGAGGACAUCUGCUUCACCCCACCCUGUCUGCCCUGGGGGCAAUGUAAGGACAUGGACAAUAUCAAGGACCCCGCCCCUCAGGGGGUCCAAACCACCUGCAUUCCAAACGCGGCACAGCUCAGCAACACUUGUGCCAAGAUUGCAUUGAUAUUUGACAAAUCAAAAAUGCCAUCGGGUAUCACGGUUGAGACGAUAUGUGACAAGCUGAGACAGAUACCCACUAUCCAGAAGCUGGGCAAGGAAAAGCUGAUCUACAUCAUGUGUGCUAUCCAAACCGGACACCCAGACACCAUCGAGGUUCUGCUGUCCACGGAACACACAGUGGAUGCAGGUAAUUCACAGAUGGAUCGAGUGUUGAAGCGUGCGCUGGAUAACCUUACCAACACCAUCAGUCACAAACUGACCAACAGCAGUGCUCUGGCUGCUGUCAUAGAGGUCCAAAUAGAGACGGCAGUCGUUAAGGAGAAGGGAGUAUUAGGGUCAACCUACAUUAUUCCUGCAGUGUGCUCCGUGAUCGGCCUUCUAGGAGUAAUCACAAUUAUUUGCCUUGUUGUGUUCCAUUUCAAAAGACAGAGAGCAAUAGAACGUACAAAACGAGAGGCAAAGUAUGUCGCUCAAAAGACUAAUAACGAAAAUGAAGCAAAUCUUCGUCGCUACAAAAACCCGCUGUUCGCUGGGACGGACAAAGGUGGAGGGACAAAAGACUUGUCCUUCACAGAGCUACAAGAGUUAGAUUUAGAUAAAAUUGAAAAAAGUCCAACACGGCUGUUACGCCUACAGGACUCCCCUAAUGACUCCAAUGAUUGGAAAAAAACUAGUCCCAUACAAAAAACAAAAACUAAAGACAUUAAUAUAGAGCUGUCGAGGUCACGCUCUUUAGCUGUGAGGGCUGCUGCCGAGCGAGACUUGGCCGAGAUACAUAGAACUUUUGGUGCAGAUUUAAGUUCGGAAAGUGAAGUAAUGGUGUGACAUACCUUACAUGGAUAUUAGUUAUCUCCCUUGAAUAGAUGCUCUGGCUAGGUGGUGUGUUUACUUGUUGGUGCAGAGUGUAUAGCAUCUCUAAGUGUUUGUGGGAUUAUUCUAUGUUGUCAGAUGUAGUGUGCUUCACACAACAGCAGUGUAGAAAUUUCCACCUAGGAAAAUUUACAGAACGUGCUCAAAAUGGAAUGAAUCUAAAGUUGUGAAACUGAAACAAGUACAGAGGUGAAGGGGGCUAUAGAAACGUUUAACUCAGGAAAAUGUCAAAUAAACUCUACCAAAACUACACCAGGUGUGGCACUCCCAAGGGGAGAUCACCCUCGCCAGGAACAACAUCCCCAGAUACCAUCCAUCCAUUGAACUUCAUUGUGUAUCGGAGUCAUUGAAAACCAAAUGAUGAACCCUUAUGUAUUUUUUUACAAAAAAAAGUCCAAGUUUUCUACAACAGUAUGUCUAUACGCACAGGGAGGAUGUUGUGGUUUGUCGUACCCUCAUAACCACUCGCAUAGAUUCAUUACCACUGUACACUUCAGUAACUAUUUCAUCUGUAUGAUGUACGGAGAACUGGAGAUCCAUUUCAUUGACCAACCAUUGACUCAUUUGAUCAACACAUUUGUAUAUUAUCAUUAUCAUAUACCAUACCAACUUCCAGUGGAUAUGCUGUAAUCACACUGACUUCUAAAUGACGAUUUGCUGUAAUCAUACAAAUCUCUCACUGGAAGGUUUGUUGUAAUCAUACAGAUCUCACACUGAAGAUUUGCUGUAACAGAUCUCUCAUUAGGAGAUUUACUGUAAUCACACUGAUCUCUCACUGGAAGAUUUGCUGUAAUAACACCGAUCUCUCACUGAAGAUUUACUGUAAUCACACAAAUCUCUCACUGAAGAUUUGCUUUAACAGAUCUCACUGGGAGUUUACUGUAAUCACACUGAUCUCUCACUGAAGAUUUGCUGUAAUCAUGCAGAUCUCUCCCUGGAAGAUUUUGCUUAUAACAGAUCUCUCACUGGAAGAUUUGUAAUCACACAGAUCUCACUGAAGUUUUGCUGUAACAGAUCUCUCAUUAGGAGAUUUGCUGUAAUAAUGCAGAUCUCUCCCUGGAAGAUUUGCUGUAACAGAUCUCUCACUGGAAGAUUUGUAAUCAUGCAUGCUGAUCUCUCACUGGAAGAUUUGCUGUAAUCAUGCAGAUCUCUCACUGGAAGAUUUGCUGUAAUAGCACUGGUCUCUCACUGGAAGAUUUGCUGUAAUAGCACUGGUCUCUCACUGGAAGAUUUGUUGUUAGAAUGCUGAUCUCUCACUAAGAAAACCUGUACGAAUGUUGAUGUUUUCUCUUGACUUAGGCGGAAUCAAGGAUAAAUCUAAUGAUAUGAUUACAUAGCUGUUUUUUAUUAUUUAUUAUUGUAACUGUGUGUUGGACAUCUAUUGAUUCGUGCUGUGAACUGUAACUUGUAAUCAUUUUGAUAUGUAUAUAAUUUGUACAUACAUGAUCUUAAUGUGCAUUUGAAAUUAUUUAAUGCCAUUUCUGUGAGAAAAUCUUAAUUUAAUUUAUAAUUUAUGAGAGAAUGUUUUAUAAAAUUCUGUUGUGAAGAAAUGACCGAGAUAUGUCACUGAUUAUAUCUUUGUAUUCCAUAUAGGAUCGCAUAUUGAUUACUCAUGCCAUAUAUGGUCAUGUCUAAAUUUAUCAUUUUGGCACACACCACAAGAACCUGGCUACGAAGAAUUCUUCAAGAACUUUUCUUAUUGUAAAAGUUUAUAUUUUUUGUGUAAGUCAUGUAUAAGGUGUGUGUGUAGUUACAGUCUCUUUCCCAAAAAUCAAAGUCAUCUAUCAUCUUGGUUUGUAUUCAAAUUGUUACAGGAUUUAAGAGUCCAAGAGUCACAGAUUUAUUUUUAACAGCAGAUAUAUAAUGAUUAUCAUUUAAUGAAUAUUCAAUGAAAAGGUUGUACUUUAGACUCCAUAUUGUGUGGGGGCAAUUAUCAAUUUCAUAAAAUAAUCACCGUAAAAUAACAAGUUUACAUUUAAAACAAGUAAUUACACCCACACAAAAAUUAUACAAAUCAUGUACUAUCUGUAUUAUAUGGAUAUUGAAAUUUAAUAGUAAAGUUAACGAUUCCGUCAUUUUAUAUAUAAAGACUGCCUUUAUGUACUUGGCAACUGAUCAACAGACAAAAUUAUUAAGUCAAUAAUGCAAACAAUUAGUUUGAUAUGUGCACAUCUACAUGUACCUAUGGAUACAAGUCAAUGCAUUAAGACUUGCAGUCCAUGGCAAAGUGUUGAUAAUAACUUGUUCAGGACUUUUUUUUUUCAAAUGAAGUUAUAAAACUGCUGUGUUAAGUACAUGUCAGCAUGAUUAUUACAGUAUCAGAUGUGUUUCACCUGUUAAAACAUAUGUUAGAAAACUUAAAUAACUUGUGUGAAAUUUAGAUAUUCCUCACAUACAGAAUUUUAAAUUCACACAGAGACAAGGAAUUCUUGGAUGGUUUCUUUAAUAAAAUAUUCAUCAGUAUUGAUAGUUUAGACGUGAACCUCAUGAAUUCUCAAAUUCAAUCUCUUUGAUAAAAAAAUCCAUUAAUAUUUGUUAAAUAAAUUGAGGUGUUUAUCACUAAAUGACAUCAUAUUUUCAUGGGUGAGGAGACUGUUGUCAUCAUUGUCUGUUAGCUUUAGUCAUGGAUUUGUGUGAUAUUUGUAUGGUACAUUAUCAUCAUAGAGAGAGUGGCAGAGAGUGGGAGUAAAUGAUAGAUAUAUGUAAAAGUACAAUUUUGAGAAGUAUUCUGUGUAUUGUCAUUACUGAGCAUCUAUGUUCCUGUAUUACCAGGGAGUUAUAACUAUGUUGGUGUAUUGAUUCAACUCAAAGUCUCUACCAUAAAAGUGUACAUUGUACCACAACACAAAAAUUUACAUGUAAAGUACAAAGAUUUACAGGUACAGUACAAAGAUUUAUAUGUAAAGUACAAAGUUUUACAUAUAAAGUACAAAGUUUUACAUGUACAGUACAAAGUUUUACAUGUACAGUACAAUUUUUUACAUGUAAAGAACAGAGAUUUACAGUUUCAGUACACUGAGGUACAGAAGUUUAUAGAUUCAGUACAAAGUUUUACAGAUUCAGUGGACAAUUUUCAGAUUUAGUAGAAAGUUCCACAUGUUUAGUACAAACAUACACACGUUUAGUACAAACAUACACACGUUUAGUACAAACAUACACACGUUUAGUACAAACAUACACAUGUGUAGUACAAACAUACACACGUUUAGUACAAACAUACACAUGUUUAGUACAAAGUUACACUGGUUAGCUGUAGUUACUUUGAGUUGAAGCAAUAGAUUCCCAACGGCCAAAGCAGCUUCAUGUUCUGUCUGUGUCACAACCUGUCAUCAGUGUCAUGACAAAAAACUCAAAUAAAGCGUUUUAUAAAGAAUA